AUUCUCAGUCUUGUCUAUGGCAGGGGAUUUUCUGGCGUUUAGUAGCCUUGAAAAAGUAGCUGCUACUAGUAGCCGACCCCUCGGACCAAGUACUGGUUUAUUCCUGGGAGGUGUGGGUGGGCUGGGGGUUUCUCCUACAUUGUAAGCUGGUAUUGUGGGGGAGGAUUUUGUCAAUCAGAUGUCAUUUGUAUGGAUAACUUGUAAACAUUUCCACAACUGCCUUCUAAUUAGACAAAUCUUUAAAACUCCCUUCUUGAUUGCUCUUCGCUGGUUUCCUAUCAGGUCUCUAUAUUUAUUUGUUUCCAUAUUAUUUCUAUAGUGUAUCCAUGAUCAAUUAACUUAUGCCAGUGACCUAUACAGGGCUGGUCUUAUAAACUGUGGGGUGCAAUUGGGACUAUUUUGUCAGGGCCCCCUACAAAAGGUGUUGGCACAGAGUUCCAGGGCUUGGUGGGCAAAUAGUCCCUGACUGAUAGUGUAACCCUGCCUUUUCACCUCUCUUUCUCUUGUUCCAUUGGCCCCCAUCAUUUCAUGGCACAAUGUGUCCAUCAUCUCACAAAUAAAACCAUGAGGUUUCUUCAGCCCUGCCGACUACUAAUCCUUGGGAUAUGGCUAUUAGUCCUUAUGGUUCUUGGUUUUACCAUUCAACUCAUGGGAACCCACUGCCAGAAAAGCCCCCCGCAGAUCCUCAUUGCCCUGCGCCCUCUCCCCUCACCCUCAGAGCAAACUUGUCGGCCAAAAUCUCACAUAGUGUUCCUGAAGACCCACAAGACUGCCGGCAGCACCGUACUGAAUAUGUUACACCGUUAUGGGGACAGGAACUCACUAACGUUCGCUCUACCCCAGAAGUACCAGUUCUACUACCCCAAUUUGUUUAAGCACCAAUACGUCAAAGGAUAUUAUAUGAAGCCAACGUACGAUAUCCUGUGCCACCACAUGCGCUUCAAUCUCCCAGAGGUCAGGAAGCUGAUGCCCGCAGACUCCUUCUACUUCACAAUCCUACGGGAUCCAGCCACCUUGGCAGAGUCUUCUUUCUCCUAUUAUCGUUCCGUGUCAUCUGCCUUUAAGAAAGCCCCCAACUUUACAGAGUUUAUAGCCCACCCUUCUCACUACUACAAACCAGGGGAGAAAGGAAACCAACAUGCACGCAACUUUCAGUGGUUCGACUUGGGAUUGAACCCCGACACCCCAUUCAAUGAAUCUGUGGCCAAAGCAGGAGUCGGGGGGAUAGAGAGGACUUUCCACCUGGUUCUACUCUCCGAGUACUUUGAUGAAUCAAUGGUCCUUCUGAAGGAAGAACUGUGCUGGGAUCUUGAUGACGUAGUGACUUUUAAACUCAACACACGUGAGGCUUCCACACCACUGGAAAAAAGAGAGGUGGAGAGGUUAAGGGCCUGGAAUGCCCUAGACUGGUACCUUUAUGUCCACUUUAAUCGUACCUUCUGGGAGAAAGUAGAGAGAUUUGGGAGAGAGAGGAUGGACACUGAAGUUAGGAGGUUGAGAGAAAGAAGACAAGAGCUAGCUGAGAUAUGUCUGGAAGGGUCGAACCCUGUAAGAGCAGAUCAAAUUAGAGAAGAGGGCAUCAGGCCAUAUCAGUUUGGGAAGCUGAAGAUCCUGGGGUGGGUGGUGAAAAGGGAUCUUGAGCCCGACACCCGGGCACGGUGUGUCCAAAUGGUAACUCCAGAGCUGAGGUACAAGGACAUUUUAGAUGAGAAGCAGUUUCCAGGAGCUGACAUAGCUGGGUCUGACCUGAGUCAGCAGGGAUCUCAGUGAAGCUUCUCGGGUCUUAAGUUAAAAACAGAACUUAAGGUGGGACUUAAAAAUAAAGGCGUUGGGUUCGUUUGACCUCAGACCUAUCAGACUACGAGGAUGCUACAGUAUAUUUCAAGACUACUUUCCCCAAGCUCGAGUACGAGCCAUCUUCAGUAGAGUGAAGGCUGUGGGAGAUAAAGGCUUGCUCCCCUUACCCGACUGAAUGGAACUGCCCUCAGAUGUGAUCAUCAUUGCCCAGCUGGCAACCCUAGGUUGGAGUGGGAGGCAGAACGACUACUGUUGCCCCUUGCAUCUGCAGCCACCCCUAGUGGCACUUUAUUCACGAGGGAGGGAAUGCCCAUGGGGUGCCAACAUGAUUGCCUCAUACCCGCAGGUCUCCCAAGGUGCAUUGUGGCCAACAACAUACAGAGAAAGAAUGUCCUCCAGUGGAGGAGGCUCGUGAGAGAACAUUGCUGAAGACCAAGAGAGAGUAUCUCUCACCAUUAAUGGAACCCUUUUCUUCAAUGGCAUUGUUUAUGGGAAGCAAUAUGGCCAUACAUAUAUGUACUGGUAACUCCUCCCCCUAUAACCCCAAAUAUGAAUAGAAGGAACAUCUUUGCCCACAACAAGGAAUGUUCUAUGCACAGACUAUCCUCUAUUGUUAUUGGUACUGUUUAGGGGAAAACAUAGGGCAGUUCCCAUUUAAAGGGUACAUUAAAGAGAGAAUAGAGAUAUAGAGAGGCCAGCAAUGUAUUUGCUGCAGAAAUUUGAAUUUCCAGUGCUCCAACAUGGUGGUUUUUAAUAGAAAUCCAAACAUUAUGCACCCAAUAAAUUAUUUUUGUCAAAAGAAAAGACUGAUAGAAAAAGAAUUUCUUUCUACUUUCAAGUCAGAAACAAGGAGGGAACAUACUGAAACCUCAUUCUCAUCACCUCAACCCCAGUGCAUGUAUCCCCUCUGUUCACCAGCACCAUCACAUUCAUCAGUUUUCACCUGGCAGCCAUUUUCCCUUUGUCAUCAUGCAUGCAGUGACGAAUGCAGGCUUACACAGGCAGAUCUUACACAGGCAGAUCUUACUUUGAUAAAAUCUC